AUGGCCGACGAACAGAAGCCCGCUACCAAUGUGGAGGCCGAGAAGGAUGUCCAGCAGGUUUUGAGCGAGCUGAAGGGCGAGAGCGGCGCCGAGAAGACCACCCAGGAAGACACUGAGGAGGCUCGCAUCGUCGCCGCGGCCGCCAAGCUGGGCGAGAAGUCUGAACAGUCCGAGCAGAGCACAGAGAAGCCCCAGAAGCAGGAGUCGCGCGGUCGCAACACCCGUAACGCUGCCAAGUUUGACGCCUCCACCCAGGAGGAGACUGACGACCCCGUUCAGAUCCGCAAGCAGGUCGAGUUUUACCUUUCUGACUCCAACUUGCCCUUGGACAAGUUCCUGCUCUCCAAGGUUGGCGGUAGCGCCAACAACGCUGUUCCCCUCGAGCUGCUGCACUCUUUCCAGCGCAUGCGCCGAUUCCAACCCUUUUCCGCCGUCGUCGAGGCCCUAAAGACCGCAGAGACCGUUGAGCUUGUUGACAAUGACACUGCCGUGAAGCGCAAGAUUCCCCUGCCCGAGUCAGUCACCACUGAGGUCGAUGAUGCGCGCGUCAAGGUGUGGGAGGACAAGACCAUGCCCCGCAGCAUCUACGCCAAGGGCUUCGGACGGGAGGAGCCUUCUACCCAGUUCGAUAUUGAGAAGUUCUUCGAGGCUUACGGACCUAUCAACGCCAUCCGCCUGCGUCGCGGUGAUGACCGAGGCUUCAAGGGCAGUGUUUUCGUCGAGUUUGUCUCCGAGGAUAAGCAAAAGGAGUUCUUGGCUCUCGAGGCCAAGCCCCAGUGGAAUGGCAAGGAGCUUAUCAUCAAGAGCAAGAAGGAGUACUGCGAGGAGAAGGUUGAGGAGAUUAAGAACGGCAAUGUUCAGCCCGGCCGAAAUGGCCGCGGCAACCGCGGUGGUCGCGGUGGCCGUGGAGGACGUGGCGGUCGUGGAGGUCGUGGACGCGGCGGCCGUGGUGGCCGUGGUGGUCGCGGUGGUGACCGCGAUGGUCGCGACUGGCGCGAGCGCCGUGAUGAUGACCAGAAGAGCGGCUUCAAGGAGCCCCGUCAGGAGAAGGAUGCCCGUGGUGUCCCCGUCAUCCAGAGCACCGGCGAGAAGCGUUCCCGUGAUGACGAAGCUGGCGACCGUCCCGCUAAGAAGGUUGAUGCUAAGGAGUAA